UUCAUUCGAUUCGGUGUGUAGUGAGAAGUAAGACAAUAUAGGGCAGAGGAAAAAUCAAUUUUACUCGACAUUGGGAAGGAUUUUCCGUUUUCGAGACGGAAUUUUUCCUCUGACAUCCUUCGGAGGUACCAGAUCGCCCAAUACCAGCACAGCAAAACCAAUUCAAAAUGUUCGUCUCGUCAGCUGCUCGUUUUGCUCCAGUCGCCCGCAACCUGGUUCUCAAUGGAACGAAAGCCUACCUCCGACCAUUGAGCAGUGCUAUCAUCAGCCAGAGCCAGACCUUGGCCGCACAGAACAGCACGCCUGUUGCUCUGCUGCCACAGGUCCGGUCAUUCCAGACUUCGCCGGUCACCCGGGACAUUGAUUCGGCCGCGAAGUUCAUCGGAGCUGGUGCUGCCACCGUCGGUGUCGCUGGAUCUGGUGCCGGUAUCGGAACAGUAUUCGGUUCUCUGAUCAUUGGCUACGCAAGAAACCCAUCGCUGAAGCAACAGCUGUUCUCCUACGCCAUUCUGGGUUUCGCCCUGUCCGAGGCCAUGGGUCUGUUCUGUUUGAUGAUGGCCUUCUUGCUGCUCUUCGCUUUCUAAGUCUACAACUUAUUCAAACAGCACGUUUUAAAUGCUAUCUAAAGUAACAUCAAAAUAUAAUUCGUAACGGGAGAAGAAAAAAAACAGUAAAAUUCAAUAUUCUUCGAAUUACAACAAACAAAACCAACCGAAGCAUUCAAAUUUAAAAUCGAAAUAUCCAUAGAAAACACGCAAUAAUAAUUAUUGUGACGCGAAAGCCUGCCACACGCAUUGUUUGAUGAAGAAGAAAAAUUAAUUGUUACACACUAGCCAUGAAAAAAUUAUGAUGAGCAAAACAAAACGAAAAAUUAACAUCAAACCCAACAUCAACGCUGCCAUCGUGCGAUGAACGUGCGCCCCCGUGUGUUCCCCCUAAUAGGAAAACAUCCUUUUAAUCUUAACACCGAAUAAGUAAGCGCGACUACUAGGCAGUUAGAGGGGCGCACUUUUCAUUCCAUAAUUGUUUCAUGGAUAUUCCUAACAAACAAACAAGCAAAAAGUCACACCUCUGAGAACUUAACACUAACCAAUACGAUUUAAAACAUCAGACUUAUUCAGAACUAAGAAGUUAGGCGCGAAACAAACAAAAAAUCGUUAAGCGAAGAGAUGCUUUAAGAAACUGUAGAUAUUUGAACCGAAUUUGAACAAUUUGCUACUCGAAACACGAGACGCGAGGAGCUACUGCCGACGUGGACAACGGAUUUUACCAUCAAUUUUUAUGGAAAGAACUUCGGCUGAAGGUUGCAUUCCGUCCGUCGGUUUGUCUCUUGCGCUAAUUUGGGAGGAUUACGCUAGGGACCAGCACACUGCGCGGGUAUACACUUUUCUAGUUAGUCGUAAGUCUAGUGAAGGGAGGUAGAGAGGAAUGCAACAUUUUCGCUGUCUGGUUCUUUCCCGUCCGUUCGUCCAUCCGUUCGGUGCUUCUGUGCUAACAACCUGCACUUGAGAACAGCCGAGCUAAUGUAUUAGUAGAUUGGUUGAACAACCGUAUGGAAUAAAGAGCAACAGACUAGUUACUGGUACAAAAAAACCGAGGAU